CCAGGGCCAGGGAGAUGUUUAGUGGAGCCCCUCUGAGCGUGCAGUGAAGGUGAAAUUUUAUCAGAAUGGCUCUGGAUAACCCCAAACCACUGGGACCAUGGAAGAUCACGGUCUAUGACCAGGAAAACUUCCAGGGGAAGCGUGUGGAAUUCACUUCUGCCUGUCAGAACAUCAUGGAGUCUGGGGUGGACAAUGUCCGCUCUUUGAAGGUGGAGUGUGGAGCCUGGGCAGGAUAUGAGCACUCGAGCUUCUGUGGUCAGCAGUUUGUUUUGGAGAGAGGAGAGUACCCACAGUGGGAGUCAUGGAGCGGCAGCAACGCCUACCACAUUGAGAGGUUGAUGUCCUUCCGCCCCAUCUGUUCUGCUAGCCACAAAGAAUCCAAGAUUGUGUUAUUUGAGAAGGAAAACUUCAUGGGGCGUCAGUGGGACAUAAGUGAUGACUACCCCUCUCUGCAGGCAAUGGGCUGGUCCAACAAUGAGAUUGGAUCUAUGCAAGUUCAGUGUGGAGCCUGGGUGUGCUAUCAGUAUCCUGGUUACCGUGGUUACCAGUACAUCAUGGAGUGUGACCAUCAUGGCGGCGAGUACAAACACUACAGAGAGUGGGGCUCACAUGCGCAGACGUUUCAGGUGCAGUCGCUGCGUCGGAUUCAACAAUGAGCCCCACAAACCUCCCUCUUUACCUUGUUUCUUGUUUCCUCCCUCCUCUCCUUCUUCCCAUUUCUUCAUUCCAUGCUCCAGAACUACUGCUAUCUGGUGCUUGACAUUGUUUACGGAGCUUGUUUUAUCCUGGUGCUAAAUUAAAAUAAAAGACAGAUUAUUGGUUUUAAAAAAAGUAAUGCUGUCUGGUGUUCCAUGGGUAUAACCCUGAAACUA